AUGAGAGGCAAGAGCUUCAGCGUGAGCAGCGAGAGCAGAAGCAGCAGCGAGGAGAUUUUAUCUGGUGCAGCCGCAGCAGCAGCAGCAGCAGUAGCAGCAGUAGCACGAGAGCAGCAACAACAACAGGCAGCAGCGGCGGCAGUGGCAGGUGCAGGUGUAUGGGGAGGGGUGGGAGGGGGAGAAUCAGCAGCAGCGGCGGCGGCGGCGGUAUCCCGCGGGGGGCGGCACACGCGGAGCGCGUCCGCCGUGGUGCAGAGCCCCACGCACCCGCUCCCGCCGCUCCCCCAAUCAGCUGCUGCCACGUGGCGCAGCUGGGGCCGCGCGAGCAUGUCGUGGGUGGGCAGGCGCAGCGCGCGGGAAGGGCAGGGGCAGCCCCGGGGGGAGGGCGAGCGCGGGGAGGCUGAACAGGGGAAGGUAGAGCUGGGCAGGGAAGAACUGAGAGGGGCGGAGGUGGGGCAGAGGGAUGACGAGGUAGAACCAGGAAAGGUAGAACUAGACGCGCCGGAUGAUUAUGUAGACGGGUAUUUAGACGACCAGGAGGGCGGGGCUGGGGCCGCGGAGGAGGAGGAGAAAGCGAAAGGUGGUGGUGAAAGGGAGGAGAAAGGAGGUGGUUUCGAAGGGGUGAAGAGGGAUGGCAAGGCUGGUGAGGCGGUUCAGCAUGGGGACUUGUACGGGGAAACGCCAAGAGGAGUGGCGGGUAUGGCGCAUGGCAAGUCUGGUGGGGGGGUUGGGCACGGGGAGUUGAGUUUUGAGGCAAUGCCCGUGCCUCAAAAGCAGGCGGUAGUGCAUGGGGGGGACUUGUAUGGGGAGAUGCCGAUAUCAUCAGCAUCAUCAUUGGUAUCGGGAUUAGCUGCCACGCCCACAGCUGCUGCUGCAAGGAGAGCAGCGAAGGGAGCAGCGAUCGUAGCAGCAGAAGGAGAAGCGAAGGGAGCAGCAGGGGAAGCAGCAGGGAAGAAUGAGCGGGUUGCGGGCAGGGUGACAGACGACAGAGCAAUCGGCAGAGAGAGUGGCAGAGAGAGUGGCAGGGAGAGUGGCAGGGAGAGUGGCAGGGAGAGUGGCAGGGAGAGUGGCAGGGAGAGUGGCAGGGAGAGUGGCAGGGAGAGUGGCAGGGAGAGUGGCAGGGAGAGUGGAAGAUCUGCCCGCAGGAGUAUGAGGGGAACCUCUACAGUCCCAGACAGCCCCUCUAUCAGGAGGCGUGGGGGGGCGGUGGGCAGUGGCAGGCAGCUGGGCUACGGCGGUGCUGUGGGUUCAUUCAGAGACUUUGUGCCUUCGCAUAACAUCGUGCCUUCAAACGACAUGAGUGACGCCGUUCCGUCGAGUGAUCCCGUGCCUCUGACCGGUUCACACAUGACGUUUGAGGCGAGUGAUUCGGUUCCAGGUGAUUCGGGGUACAGUCGCCGCCGCGAUGCGUCUGCCCAGUUUUUCUCCUCGUCUUCUGGCGAUGCGGGUGGCUCAGGUCGCUGGAACGGUUCAGAACGGUUCAGUGGGCGUGCGGAGGGGCGUGGGGAGGUGCAGAAGCUCCAGAAAAAGCAGCAGGAGGAUAAUCAGCUGCAGAAGCAGAAGCAGCAGCGGGAACAGCGUGAGCAGAAGCAGGUGCAGGCAGCAACCCCGCCGCCCUUGAAACUAGCAGAGGGGGGAGGCGUGCAGGGGAGCGUGCUAGGGCGGCCGUACGUUACACUGCAGAGCCGCUUCGUGGUGGGGAGAAGGGAGAUCGGGCGAGGGCAGUUCGGUGUGAUCUACAAGUGUGUGCCUCGCGGUGCGCUUGGAGGGGCGGCGUUCGCCUGCAAGACCAUAAAAAAGAAGGACAUCCAGACCCUGCCAGGAGCAGAGGAUAUCCGGAGGGAGGUAGAAGCAUUGGAGCGAGUGAAAGGGCAUCCCGGCAUUGUGGAGCUAAACUCCACAUUUGAGGACCCCCAGGCCGUGCACCUGGUGAUGCAGCUGUGCCGCCACGGAGACCUCUUCGACCACACCCUGCCAGGAGCAGAGGAUAUUCGGAGGGAAGUAGAAGCAUUGGAGCGCGUAAAAGGCCAUCCAGGGAUAGUGGAGCUAAACUCCACGUUCGAGGACCCCCAGGCCGUGCACCUGGUGAUGCAGCUGUGCCGCCACGGAGACCUCUUCGACCACGUCAAGACACGCACACGCCUCCCCGAGCCCACCGCCGCGUGCAUUCUAAGCCAGCUGCUGCACGCGCUGCAGCACUGCCAUGACUUGGGCGUGAUUCACCGCGAUGUGAAGCCGGAGAAUGUGCUUAUAUAUGCACGGGGAGGGGGAGGCGGGGACGGGGAGAAGGUGCUUGUGAAGCUGGGGGACUUUGGCGUCGCAACCCGGUUCUCCCCAGGCAUGCCCUGCACGGACCCAGUGGGAACGGCCAUGUACAUGUCACCAGAGCUGCUGCAAGGCAGCUACGGGCCGGCAGCAGACGUGUGGAGCGCCGGCAUCGUGCUCUAUGUGAUGCUCUCCGGGGCUCUUCCUUUCUUUGCCACCAAGAAUCGCACGCUUAUUGAGGCGAUCAUGCACGUGCCGGCUCGGAUGGAGGGGCCGCGGUGGGAAGGAGUGUCGGAGGGAGCGAAAGCGGUGGUGAGGAGGAUGCUUGAGAAAGAUCCAGCGGAGAGGGCCACAAUACAACAGAUUCAUGGCCCAGCGGCGCGCGAUGCGGCGCAGGAUGAGUACGCUUUGGCGGACGAUCAUCGGUCGCAGGGCGACGUCGCAGAGUGGCCGUCGGCUCUCGACCAGCUGUCGCAGCCGAACUCGUUUCGCGCGGACGACUGGGACCUGGAGCAGGGCGACAGCCGAGAUCCCGACGGCGAAAUCGGCGGAGAUGCCGCUCUCUACGACAGCCGAAUCGGCGGCGGCGGAAGCGGGAGAAUGGGGCAGUCCGUCGGCGCGAGCAGGAGGGGGGGAGGCGGGGAUAGCAUGAUACGCGGAGAGAGAGGCGGAGAGAGGGACGAUGGGGGAUAUAGAGGCAGCGCUAGAAGCGGAAGGAGCGAGGGGGGGGCUUACGUAGUCGAGAUGGACAUGGGUAGACAGGAGACUCUUUCGCAUGGCCUCGCGGACAUGCCAGAUGGUAACCCGGUAACCAUAGCGCCUGCCAGAGGCUUGGUCGAUGGCGAUGCCGCCGCGAGAGACGGUGAGAGUGAGAGCAGCGGCGACUCAUACCAGGACGCGGAGAGCUUCUCGUCUUCUGGCGAGUCUAGCCUUAACGAGUACGGGCAGGAGGGCGACGAAGAGGAGAGUCUCAGCAGCCACUCCGGGGACGAGGAGGACGAAAUCGGGGAGGCUUAUAACGGGGCGAAGAGGAACACGUGGCCGUUGGUGGUUGGCAUGAGGGAAUUAAAGUGGUGGCAGCAGGCGGUGCUGGUGCUGGUGGUGGCUGUGGGACUCAUUGGAGUGUCAUUCGCCAUGCUGGCAGCGGCCAAAGUGGGAGAUCUGCUCUUCCUGCCUGCUCCUGUCUGGCCCCCCACUGGCCUCGCGCUCUUCGCCGUCCUCGUGAGCUCUCUGUCCCCCUACUUGGUUGGUAACACAGGGCGUUCCUUUUUGAGUCGACUCAAAAAUCAGGUGGGGCUGGCGGGAGUGUCUGCUGGCAUGCUUGCUGCAACCAAAGUGGGAGACUUGCUCUUCCUGCCUGCGCCUGUCUGCCCCCCCACUGGCCUCGCGCUCUUCGCUGACCUCGUGAGCUCUCUCUCCCACUACGAGGCGUUAGGCUACCGCAUCUGGCCGGCGCUUUUCCUCUCAGGCACGGCCCUCUCACUCACCUACGGCGCCCUCCACGUGACCCUGCCGCGCCUGCAGCUCAUCCUCUACUCCCUCGUUAUAGGCACGGACCGCACGCUCUUCGCGCUGGGCUACCGCAUCUGGCCGGCACUCUUCCUCUCAGGCACGGCUCUCUCGCUCACCUACGGUGCCCUGCAUGUGACCCUGCCGCGCCUGCAGCUCAUCCUCUACUCCCUCGUUAUAGGCACGGACCGCACGCUCUUCGUGCUCCUCCUCGCCUUCUUCCUCAUGCGCUUCCUCCGCCGCCAACCCACCGACCCCACCCCGCUAGACCGUGCUCUAGGUUAUCACAUCUGGCCGGCUCUUUUCCUCUCAGGCACCGCGCUCUCGCUCACCUACGGUGCCCUCCACGUGACCCUGCCGCGCCUGCAGCUCGUCUUCUACUCCCUCGUUAUAGGCACGGACCGCACGCUCUUUGUGCUCCUCCUCGCCUUCUUCCUCAUGCGCUUCCUCCGCCGCCAGCCCACCGACCUCACCCCGCUCGACCGCGUCUCCAACACCUUCCGCCUCUUCUUCUUCUCCUUCCUCAUCUCCUUCAUCUUCGAGGGGAUCGUGUCAAUCGUCCUGAGUCUUAUCGGAGCAGAGACACCUGAAACUGCUGCCAUUACUGGCUGGGAAUUCCUCGCUCUAUUCCUCCUCAACACAGGCAUCUCUCUCCUCAUUUUCGCCCCAGGAGCCAGCCCGCUCAUCGUCUCCCUCCCCUACAUGCUCUUCCCGGGGGUCCUCUGGGCGGCGGUUAGAUUUAACCGCCACGGGUCUGGCCUCAUGCUGCUGCUGGUGGUGCUGAUCGCCUGCUGCUGCACCGCCAGAGGGUGGGGCCCGCUGGUGAGGGAGAAGGCGAAUGAGACGAUUCUGCAGCUGCAGGUGUUUGUGGUGACGGUGGGCGUGGUGGGAGUGGUGGUGGCUGCGGCUGUGAGGGACACGAAUCGGCUGAGGAAGGAACUGAGGCGGCUGAAUGCAAGGCUGGAGGGGGAGGUGCAGCGACGCACAGAGCAGAUCAGACAGUACAAUGAGGAUCUGAAGAAGUCCAAGGAGGAACUGGAGGAGGCAGGAAGGGCCAAGACGGAAUUUCUAGCCAACAUGAGCCAUGAGAUCCGCACGCCCAUCCACGGCAUCAUCGGAAUGACAGCUCUCGCCAUGGACACUCUCGAGUCCCUCCGCGCCAUCCCGUUACCACCCAUCCCACACCACUCCUCCUCCCACUCCGCCUCUGCCGCCGCAGCAGCAGCAGCAGCAGCAGCGCUGGCGGAGCGGAGCGAUCUGACGGUGGAGGUGCAUGAGCAUCUGACGGUGGUGGCGCAAUCGGCAGAUUGCCUGCUGAACAUCGCCAACACUGUGCUGGACCUGGCGAGAAUCGAAGCAGGGCAGCUUGCUCUGGAUAAAGUGCCUUUCCGGCUGCGGGAUGUGGUUGGCUCGACCAUGCGAAUGCUGCAGGUGCGAGCGGAGCAGAAGCAGCUGGCCUUCUCAUGGCACGUGGCAGAGAAGGUACCUCUGGAGCUCAUGGGGGACCCGGGCAGAUUGCAGCAGUGCCUCAUCAACCUUGCCUCUGGAGCUGAUGGGAGAGGAGACACAGGCGGGCUGCCGCAGUGCCUCAUCAACGUUGUGUCAACUCUCCUCUUUUCGUCUCUCUUCCUCCCCAUCCCUCCACCAGUGGGUAAUGCGAUCAAGUUCACAGAGACAGGGUCAGUGACGCUCGAGAUUUCCCUGCUCUUCCGCAGCAGCACCUGUAUCCUCACCAACAUUCCAAUUCUCCCUCCCCUUCUCUUUUUCCACUGCCAAUCUCUCCCCAUCCCUCCACCAGUGGGCAAUGCAAUCAAGUUCACAGAGACAGGGUCCGGCAGCCGCCGAGCCUCCCUCUUUGGUCCGGGAAAGAGAAGCCGACGUGGCAGCCAGGAGUUGGCUGAGCUGGGAGGGGGGGUAGGGGUAUACCAGUGUCUUGGUUACGAGGCUGGUGAUUGGUUGGAACCCUGGGCAGGGGGAGAGGGACGCACAGAUAGCGGGGAGGAAACAGGGGAGUUGGGAGGGGUUUGGAGGAGUGGGAGGAGGCGGGAGAAGAGCUGGGGCCGGGGGUCGAGAAGAGGGGGAGAGGGAGGGGGGGUGUCGGCGAGAGGAAGAGGGAGUGAGGGAGUGGUGGAGUGUGGGAGUCUGUCAAAUGGAGAGUCGUGUCCCAGAGAAAGGGGUAGAGGUAGGAGUAUAGAGAGGGGUGUAGGGAGAGGAGGAGAUGUGGACAGAGACGAGGAGAGGGAUGAGGAGGAUAUACAGGUGCCUGUGUCUCGAACUAGAUCCAGUGAGACUCGCAGCCGGCGGGUUGACUUCUUGGAUGUGGGGCUGGCUGGCAGCGGCAGGAGUAGCGGCAAGUGGAGCGAGGGGGGACUGAGCAGCCGCAGGGGAGGAGCAGGGUCGCGGGGAGGCAGCGGAUUCUUCUCGCGGACAAGAGAGGAGAGAGAGAGGGAGGAGAGGGAGAGGGAUAGUGAUAAGGAGUUGGGGUCGCCGCAACCACAGCGAGUGCUGGAUUUCAGAGACUUAGGGGAAGCAGAUGGAGCGCAACCCAUGCCCUCGUUUCUAGGCGCCAUGCAGGCAUGCACUGCCCCCUUUGCCUCUUCCCCCUUUGGUGCCUCGUCCACUCCCCCCUUACUCUCCCCCAUGGCUCGUGCUCUCCCCCCACCACAACCCAUCCUCGCUCGCCAGACUGAGAGUGACAACCUGGUAGGGUUGGGUGCGGAGCGGUUGGAGGGGUUUGGGAGGAGUAGGAGUGUGCGGGUGCAGGAGGGGCGGGGGCAGGGAGGAGUGAGGCCGAGAGGUGGUGGGAGGUAUUUUUACUCUCAGCAACACCAGAGGCAGCCUAGGUCUGGUGCACAUGAUGGGGGUCUGGUGCACAUGAUGGGGGGCGAGAUCUGGGUGGAGAGUGAACCCGACCGCGGCUCUGCUUUUUUCUUCACGGCUCGCCUCAACCGCGCGCCCCCCGGCUCUGCUCCCAUCUUCGGCAGCGGCCUCACUGCCUCUCUCCUCCCGGACCCUGUCCCCGGCUCGCCUUCCCACCUCUCCUCCCCCACACGCUCCGUUUCCGCCGCUGCUCCUUUCGAGAAUCACCAGCAGCAGCAGCAGCAGCAGCAGCAGCAGCAGCAGAUCCAACAAGGUCCCGAGUUGACCGGCCCACGUCACCACGGGUAUCCCUCAGACAUGCAUGCGGGAAUGGCUAGCCUGCGCAGCAACCUACCUCUGGACAUCCCUGCCACUCCAGGCUCUAGCCACGGGGGCAGCGGCAGACGCCCCUCCUCCCGAGGCGGCCCUGGGGGAGGCUUAUCCCGGGUAGGUAGCAGCUCGGGCAGGGCAGACCGGAUGCGAAUGGGGAGUUCAGGCGGAGGAGGAACAGGGGGAACAGGAGCAGCGGGUGUGGAUUAUUCAAGUCCGAGAUCUCAGCUGAUAGGGGCGCUGGGGAUGGGUCUUCCUCUGGUGCUUCCAAGCCCUAUGGCGUACCCUGGUGGUCCUGGCACUCGCAGUGGCCGUUACUCCAACCUUGCUUCUCCUUCCCCGUCUGCUGCCCACAACGCCACUGCCGCACCGUUCAGCAUGAAAUAUGCACCGCUCUCCACCCCUUCCCCCCGCUCUGCGGGCAUCUGGAGAGAUUUAGAACCUUCCCCGCUGUGGUCGAGACCUGUUAGUAGGGAGGGGAGGGUUAGGGCAACGCGGAUGGCGCCUGGGGGGUUUGGAGGGGGAGGAGGGCGAGGAAGCUGGCUGGGGCAGAGUACGGGAGGGGAUUCGGGGUCACUGGGAGGGGAUUCGGGGAGGGCGGGUUCAAGGGGAGGGGAUUCGGGGUCGAGAGGAGGGGAUUCAGGGAGUAGGGGGUCAAGAGGAGGGGAAUCAGUGGCAGGGGAGGUGGUAGAGGUGACGGUGUCUGGUGCUGCUGGUAUGGCAAAUGCUGCUGCCGUCUCUGCUGCCGUUGCAGCGGUCGAUGCUGCCGCUAAUGCUGCUCGUGCUUCUGACGCUGCUGCUGCUGCAGCGACGGCACCAGCAGAGGUAGGAGGUGCAGGCGCACGAAUAGCAUCAGCCGGGGCGCAGAUACCAGGCGGAGGGGCAGCAAGGCUGCGUGUGGGAGUGAGAGGAGACGCACUCAUUAACACCUCAAAUUCCUAUAACGACUCUUCGGGAGCGUCGUCCCCCUCGGAUGAUGCGUUUGACUUCAACAUGUUUAACUCUCAAAUGCGGGCCAAUGCUGCCCUGCCCUCUCCCUCAGCCGCUGCUGCUGUUGGUGCUUCUGCUGGCGGCAUCAGCCUGCUGGAUGACUGGGGUUUCAUGGCCCCUCCACCCGUUUCCCACAGCAUGCCCACCCUCUUCCCCCUGCCUGCUUCUGCUUCUGCUGCUUCUUCUGCGUCUGGUGCUGCCACUCCGCCUGCUGCUGCCAUUCCGUCAGCCUGGGUCCCCUUUGGUGCGGCUGGUAACUCGCAGCAGCACCCGCCACAGCAGCAGCAGCAGCAGCAGCAAGUGGGGGGGCAGGUGGGUUCCCGCCACAGGGUCAGCAGCAGCUGGUGCCCGGAACUAGGAACAGCAGCUGCUGCUGCUCUUGCAACCACCACAGCUUCUGCUGCUGCUGCCCCCAGCGGUCCUCCUAUCAGUGGCGUUCGAGGGGUGGGUGGCAGUGCAAUCGGUGGUACUGCUGCUGCUAGUAUCGCCGGUGCAGUAGGUGCUAUGGGCAGUGGGGCGGUAUCAGACCCGUCACUCUAUUCCCAGGUGGUGUCAGGCAAUUUCGAUCUUCUCACUGGGGGUUAUUCGCCUCCUCCUAACAACGACUCCUUCUCCUCCUUCCUCACCACCUUCGCUUCUGGUCCCGCCCCUCAACGUUCUUCUGCUGCGCCUAAUACGCCUUGCUCCUCGCAUCCCGCUGCUGCCAACAGUUGGCCUACUGGUCAUUCCCCCUCACACACUGUCACAGCAAACACUGCUGGAGCCGCCACUGCCGUUGGCGCUGCUGCCACUACUUAUAUUAAUAACAACCACAGCAGCAACAACACUGCUAAUACCGCCACCACCAACACUGUCUCUACGACUGCCAUAACCACCAACAACGCCAAUAGUGUUACCAUGACCGCUAACGCCAACGCUGCCGCUGCCAGUGCCUAUAUUCCCAGCCUGGCGUCUCAGCUGCGGCCAGUCACACCAGGCCACGUGGACCCCCCUCCCCCACUCGUCUCCGGCCAAUCACGGCUGCGCACGUCAGCCACAACCGGCCGGCUGCACAGCGCGCGAAGCGAGGAGCAAGGGCGGCUUGCAUUCGAGGCCUCUCAGGUUUACGGCUUGGUGGCGAGGCACCUGGCAGCUCUGGAGUCUGCCGUGGGUAGCUCUUGGCCUGGGAAGGAGGCUGGGGAAGGGAAGCAAGCAGCAAAGCCUGCACUCCAAUCCUCUGUCUCAGCUGCCCUCAACCCGCCCCACAAGCGUCAGCGCCCUCUCCUCACGGCCACCUCCCUGCCGCACCCUGCCUCCCACACCUCUCGCUCCUUCACCUCUGCGGCUGCUGCUGCUGCUGCAGCUGCUGCUGGCGGCGGUCCUGCUUCAGGUGGAUUCUCAGGUGCUGGUUCAGGUGGGAAGCUAGCACGAACAGGGUCUGGUGCCGGUGCUGGUGUCAGUGUUGCCACAUCGGCCGUGGGGAGAGAUGCAGCUGCAGUUCCCGGGGGAAAGAAGAAGCAGCAUCUGCAGCAACAGCAGCAACAGCAGCCGCAGUUCCAGUUGCUCUCGUCCCACCCUCUCUCCUCCACCACCGUUCCCUCUGCUGCCUCCAACCCUCACUUCUCCUUCAGCAGCAAGAGCCUACGCACCUCGCCCUCCCACUCCUACUCCUCUGCUGUUGCUCUCUCUGCUGCUCCUCCUUCCGCCCUCUCUUCUGGUCUUCCCCCUCACCCCCAGUCUGCUCUUAUCCGUACACGCUCUGACCCAUCUCAACUCCUAGGCUCAGACCCUUGGACCCCCACCACUGGCGAUGGCUCUGCUUCCUUCUUCCACUCCUUUGCUACCUCUUCCACCUCCACCACCCCCACUGCGCUCACCCCUGUUGAUGGCACCACCCCCACCACCACCGCUGCCAACACCCCUGUUGAGGGGGUCACUCCUACCACGCCUGCCAGCAGCACCGCUUUCAACCGCGCUCAAAAGUCCCCCACCACCCCAGCUGCGUCUGAGAAAGAUUCCCCAGCUGCCGUUGCUAUGAGCAGGCCUAUCAGCAGGGGAGCAGAGGACAACCUGGUGAAUCAGCGCGUGGCCACACACGCCCUCUCCAAGCAGGGAGCGCGGGUCGAGGUGGUGGGCAACGGGCAGCUCGCUCUCACUGCCAUGGAGGAACGGGCGGCGUCGUUCGACCUCAUUCUCAUGGACAUUCAGAUGCCCGUCAUGGAUGGGCUGGAGGCCACUCACCACCCAAAUUCCUCACUUACCCUCUCCUCCCUCCCCCUCUUGUCCCCCUCAUUCCUGUCCGAUCAAACCCUAAACCAGAUGCCCGUCAUGGAUGGGCUGGAGGCCACUCGCCGCAUUCGCCAGCUGGAAGCUUCGAGGAGGCGUCUCUCGGGCAGCAAAGCAGCGCGGCAGCACCACAAGGGUCAGCAGCACGGGCAGAAGGAGGGGAAAGAAGGGGGAGGGUCAGGGGGAGAGGGAGGGGGAGGGGGAGGGGAACGAGAGGGGGGAGCGGGAGGGGGAGAGGGAGGGAGGAUAGGGAUAGUGGGGUUGACGGCCCAUGCAAUGGCUGGGUACAAGGAGCAAUGCUUUGAAGCGGGUAUGGAUGGAUAUGCCACUAAACCCUUCAAAAUUGAGAUGCUGGUGCGAGCGAUUAAAGCCGUGCUGGGAGGGGCUGUGAACGUGGAUGGCAGUAAGUAA